UCCACAUAGGCAAAAUAAUCUGGACCAAUCAAAGUGCCAGGUCAUAACAAAGUGAGCUUGAAAUUAAAAAAAAAUUCAACAAUUUACAGCCCAUUAUACCCAACUCCUAGCCCACUCUCGCACCUCUCUUGAUUUUUACGUAUUCCAGAGCUCUCUCUCUCUCUCUCUCUCUCUCUCUCUCUCUCUCUCUCUCUCUCUUUGAAAUCGUUCUCCCGAUCCCCUUCUGUGAAAUCUCUAACCCUAAUCGCCAUCUCUCUCUUUGUCGAUUCUCUUUCUCCCCCCCCCCAAAUCAAUAACCCUAAUCGCCGUCUCGAUCUCUUUGUCGAUUCUCUUUCUCCCCCCCCACCCAACUCAUCCUGCAUAACGUCCCCAAUGAUAAUGAUCCUGUUAUUAAGUCCCCAAUGAUGGUAUCUUAUCCUUAUCUCUCUUACCCCAGAUCAAAAAUCCAAACCUUUAUCAUGGCAAAGAAGACUGCAAUCCUUACCGGCGAAGCUUCUUCUCCUCUCCUCUUCUGAUAUGUUUCACCAGGACCAGGAGAUUCCACCUUGCAGUUUAGGCUUAUUCAUUUCUGGGAAGCUCGGAAGAAUGUGAAAGGAGGACCAGGCAUCAUUCUUGGGAUCAAGAUGCUUAUGAUCGAUGCAGAGGGUACUGUGGCUCAGGGGUUCAUCGGUCAGAACCGUCGCACCCAAUAUGAAAAAGAGCUCCGGCUUGGCACUGAGUGGUAUUACAUUGCUUGCAAGGAUUGCCAGACAAAGCUAAACCGUGGGCCGACAACAAUGCUUUGUCCAAAAUGCGGGAAUGAAAAUGCUACUGCAGUAGCCAAUUACCGCGUUGAAAUGUAUGUCUAUGAUAAUGAGGAGCAGUGCACUUUCAUCAUCCUCGGAGAUGCUGGUAAAGAGCUCACCGGCAGAAAAGCAACAGAGUUGAUCGACGCUUAUGUUGAGGAUAAUGGUGGAGAUGGGGCUGAGCUUGAGAUUCCACUGCCACAAUGUUUAAUCGACACAAUUGGACAGACAAAGAAAUUCAGGAUCAAGGUGGCUCACUACAACUUUACAUCUACCCGCCUUUCCUUGACAGCAACCAAAAUUGUCUCAUCAGCAGUUUUGCCACCAAAGAAUCCUCCCUCCACUCAAGACGCCACCACACAGUGAAGUGAAAAUCCCAGAUUUACCUGAGAGUAAUGGUGGUGUUUCUUCAGCCAGUGACGAGCAGAAGAAAGCAAAGCGUGCCAAGCUUAGUGGCUAGAUCACAUGCAGUAUAGUCACUCCAUCACUGGCUGGUUCAGACUGCCCAGUCAUAAUGGUUCUCUAAUAACAGUCUUCUUCUCUCUAUUUAAUCAGUUUGGUUUUUUUCUUCUUACAAAGACAGAUUAUGAUCGGACAAAUCUUAUGGUUUUGUUUUUUUAUUAAAGUUGUUUGGUUUUCA